CAGAAACUUGAAAACUGCACUGUCAUCGAAGGAUAUCUCCAAAUUCUUCUUAUUGACAAGGGAAGGACAGAGGAUUAUGAUGGGCUUUCAUUUCCGGACUUGGUUGAAAUCACUGGUUAUUUGCUUCUAUACCGGGCAUUUGGGAUGAAUUCGAUCGGCAAGAUCUUUCCAAAUUUGGCUGUUAUCAGAGGUAAUAGUCUUUUUCAUAACUAUGCAUUUGUCGUCAAUGAGAUGUACCAACUCCAAGAGAUUGGACUUAGCCGAUUGACAGACAUUCUUCGAGGUUCUGUUCGAAUUGAAAAAAAUCCUGGCUUAUGUUACGUGGAUACAGUCGAUUGGGAUCUCAUAGCUAAAGAGGGAAAAGGAGGCCAUUAUAUCUCAGGAAACAAAAAGUGGGAGGAAUGUCCCAAUACCUGUCCUGAUCAUGAUUUGUGCCCAAAAACAGUUCGGAAUGAUGCAAAAAGCAUUAGCUUGUGCUGGAAUUCUCAUAAUUGUCAGAAAAUUUGCCCUUUGACCUGUGAACAAGAAAAUUCUUCCUGCUCAGAUAAUUUUGUCUGCUGUCAUAAAGAAUGCUUAGGUGGAUGUCAUGGCAGAUCAUUGUCUGAUUGUGCUGUUUGUAGACAUGUUGUGUAUGAAGGACGAUGUUUAAAGAAAUGUCCGCCUGGCACAUUUGAGUUUUUAGGAAGAAGAUGUGUGCAGGAACAUGAAUGCAAAAACUACACUUAUGAUGAAAAUUAUACUGAACAAAACAGUGAUAAAAGAGUAUAUUGGAAAGCAUUCAUGGGUCAAUGCAGAGAAAAAUGCCCAACUGGAUAUAUUGAAGAUGAUAAGGAUAUGCAUGUCUGCAAGAAAUGCGUUGGAAAAUGUCCAAAAGUUUGUGAAGGUUCAGUUGUAGAUAAUGUUGGUGCCAUUCAAAACUAUUAUGGCUGCACAUAUAUCAAGGGAUCUUUGGAAAUAACAAUCAAGGGUGGUUCUAAUGUGAUAAAGGAACUUGAAGAAAACAUGGAUAAGAUUGAAGAAAUCCAAGGUUAUUUGAAAGUUGCCCGUUCAUUUCCUUUAGUAUCAUUGAAUUUUUUAAAAUCACUUACUACUAUUCAUGGAGAGAGCUUGGAUAAGAAAGAGUAAGGUUCUUAGUUUUUUAGUGAGUGAACUUCAUGUGAUUUGAAUUAUUCAUUGGGGCUCUGUUCAGUGUUUUUAGUUAACACGUUAAAUUUCCAUGCUUGAAUAAUUUAUUUACCCAAUAUUGAUGUAUGAUUAUUUUGUACUGGUGUGUUGUAAUGUUUCAUCCGUUUGAUGUCACUGUUAUGUAAUUAUUUACAUUAAAUUGUUAAUAAGUAUGUAUUAGCUAAUUAUUUUGUGUGUUAUAAAUGAAACUAACAAAUUAUUCUAAUCUGAGAAUAAAUAUUUUUACAUUUUUGUCAGCUAUACUACUUAAUUUAUAUUCCUAGAAAUGUUAUCAGAUAUGCCAGCCAUCAUCGUAUUUAAUAUUUUCAUUUUACAUUUAAUGUGUGUAUGUCAAUUUUUUCCCCUGUGUGAUUAAAAGAAUUGUGCUUUCUUCACAACAGUUCAAAUAUUCAAAGGUUAAGUUGUUUUUUAUAGUUGUUGAUUUUAUUAUGCUUAUGUUCAUCUUGUAUUUUAUAUCUGCCUAUAUAACUUAUAAACAGUACUUUAAGAAAAAUUUAAAAAGGGUUAAAUGGAGAAGAACUUGCAUUUGGGUAAACUUCAGAUUACAAUCAGACAUCUCAGAAAGGUGUCUAAGAAAUAAAUAUGUAAGAAUUUAUAAUAUAAAUGCCUAAUUGAUAAAAAUUAAUAUAUUAAUAGUAAGUAAAAUUAAAGUUGAAUUCAGUGAAAGCAUUUUAGUUAUGAAAGUUCUUAAUUUUAUUUCUUCAUUUCUUUUUUUUAAUAUUAAAAUAUCAAAAUUUUGAAAAAAUGCUGUUAUAAAAAAAAAAAAAAAAAAAAAAAAAAAAAA